UGGAAAUAAUUGACGGUCAAGAUGGCAAUAUGUAUCUUUAUGUUGGUGAAAAAAAUAAUAGUGGUGGGCGAGAAAUUAAAAUCGGGAUUACCAAAGGAGAGUUUGAAAAUUCCAACGAACAAAUUGUUUUGGCUUGGGGUCACGUUGCUGAAAUCAAUGAAUUGCUGAACGACAUGGAAAAAAAUCGACCGGAUUAUUAUGCGGCUUGUGAUAAAAAUUGUGAUAUUUGUGGUGUUAAACUCUGUUGUCAUUUUGAAGAAAGUAAAAAUAACCAAAUUAGCGAUAUUGAAAAAUCCCAACUCCGUCAAUAUUUAACCAAAAAUGGUAUCAAAAAAAUUAGUUUAGAAAAUGGCAAAUUAGUAAUUGAAUAUAAUAACCAGACUAAGGAAACGGUAGAAAGCGAAGACGCCGAACAAAAAAAAUAUCACCAACUUAUUCAAAAUCUCCCUAAUAAAUCCCUUUCCCUUUCGGAAUUACAAACUAAUAAUAAUUCUUCUCUUAAUAGCAGAAACAAUAAUAAUCUUUACCAAGGUUUAGUAGUGGGAGUUAUUGGGGGAAUU